AUGGCCACUGUUCACCCCUCUCGCAUGGGGCUAGUCCCACAGGAUCGAAAAGACGCUUAUGACACUGAACGACGUCACCCGCGCUCACGUUCGAAGAGAUACAGUGAUAGAGGGAGGGAAAGAGGGAGGGAAAGACACGGAGAGGGGCCAGACGGCUAUAGUAGGGGGCGCAACAAGCAAAGAAGUCGGAGCGGCGAACGACCACGCUCAUUCUCCCGGCAUCAGGAUGGCAGGGAUAUGGAGCGCCAGAGCGAGAACCAGGACCGCCGAGAAACACGACGUGCCAGUCCCGAGUAUUCAGACUACAAACGCCCCCCCUCACCAGGCCAAGCGGCACCCUGGAGACAGCAAGAAAACAUGUACCCUCCACGUCAUUAUCGGGAUCGGCCACCGCACGGAUAUGGCAUACAAAGCACAGAUUACUUGGAGAGUCGGCGUCUGCAAAGAGAGGCUUCCACCGUCAGUAUCUGGCCACCUUCACCCAAACGGCCUGCGAGGCAAUUGUCACCAGUGGGAUCCUCUCGCAGGAAAUCCAAACGCGACCGCCCAGAAACAUCCAGCGACUUGGACACUGAUUCCGAAUCUGAGUAUGACAGGCGGCGUCGUGAGCGUAAAGAACGCAAACGUCGAAAGCACAGGGAAAAGACAGAGAAGAAAGGACGGAAGCAUGAACGGCCACGGAGCUACGAAGGCAGCGGUGACGAUGUUGACCGGCGCCCCAGGAAGUCAAGGAGCAAGAGCAAGAGUCAACAACCUCGCAGUCCCAGUCCGAGCAGGACGCCGUCCACUCCGGCAGGUUCUGAGGAAGAGGAGUGGGUUGAGAAGCCCAUUACUGCUUCGAUUAUUUCGUCGUCUCAAUCGAAGAACAACAUGCCACCUCCUGCAACCAUCCCUACGCGCAUGGGUACAGCGCCAACAUCGACGUUUGUAAACCUCGAUACCGGUGCUAAAGACGACGACGACGACUCUGGUGAAGAAGUUGGUCCACAGCCGUUGAUCAAGGUCAACACCACGAAGAAGGUGGACGAACGUGCUUAUGGUAGUGCCCUGCUACGUGGUGAGGGCAGUGCGAUGGCUGCCUUCCUGCAAGACAGCACAGACACACGUAUCCCUCGUCGUGGCGAGAUUGGGUUAACUUCGGACGAGAUCGCAUCAUUCGAAGCCGUCGGCUAUGUUAUGAGCGGUAGCAGGCACAAGCGUAUGAAUGCAGUGCGUAUGAGAAAGGAAAACCAGGUCAUUAGCGCAGAGGAGAAGAGGGGUAUAUUGAAGUUGCAGAGAGAAGAGCGGGCGAGGAGAGAAACCAUACUUAGGGAAGAGUUCAGCGAACUCGUCCAUGAGAAACUCAAAGCUCCAGAGGCGAAGCCAAGGCAGUAA